UUUAAAGAAAUCACUUGAACCACUGAAACUACCUUCUAACAUUAUAUAAUACACUAGAGACUCUUGAGGUGUUCUUCACCUCUUUUGAUCAUUUUUCUUGAUACUAUUUUAAUGGCAAUCAUUGUGAAGGUUGCUGCUUGAUAAACAUUUCACUUAUGAUAAAAUGGCACUGAUAAAAACAAAAAGGAAAGGACUUCAAAAUGUCAUUAAUUACUUUUAUCCUAAAAAACAAACAUUUUCUGUUCUUGUGUUUCUUAAAGUGGUAGAUAAACCUAUGGAACAUUAAAGGGCAGAUUUCAACAUAAGUUAAACCGAUUAUUGCAUAGUAAAUAUUUAAUUAAAUAUUACACUGGGUGGGAAAGUACUUCAAGUUAACAUGAAACUCCUGCUUAAGUCUUUCAUCACAAAAAGAAAGCUGCUCAAGGACUUAAAGGUCUGUUGAACGUGGGUCACAGAGCAGAAUACAUGGCAUCGUGAUACAUUUGAUUAAUACAGAGGUCUUGCAACAUGUCCUGCAUCUCACCCAGAACAUUAGAUAUUAAAAAUCAGCAGGUUUGAUAAAGAACUAGGUGUGUGCUUUUAACAGCUGAUAAUAGUGAUAUAGGAUUUUUUUUAAUAUAUCAUGUGUUCUACUUGCAGCAUUUAUCCCAUAGAUUAUGAAAAUUUAUCAAAUUUAAACAGAGCCUGGUAAACAUUUUGGCCUAAACACAAAAAACCUGAUGCAGGCACACACACGUCACACAGUUCUCCAGAAACACUCCUCCCACUACAAACAAUAUUUUCUUAUAAAUAUUCACAGAGUCCCAAGAGAACUGCACUUAUCACAGGGUUAAGCUCAAAGCUUCACAACCAUGUUUGUAAAAUUUGUAGCUACACUCUUGGCUGUCUUCUUAACCGUGGCAAAUGCUGGUCUUGAUGGAGCUCCGGAAAAUGCAGACAUAAACAGCCCAGAAGUCCAAAAUGCCCUGUCGUUUGCAGUCGCUCAGUAUAAUUCAGAGAGUGACAGCAUUUACAUCCAAAAAGUUGUUAAAGUGAUUAAGGCCCAGGUGCAGGUUGUUUCUGGUGUGAAUUACAUCUUCACUGUCGAGAUGGCUAAUACUUCCUGCAAGAAAGAGAAACCCGAAGAAACAUGUGCCAUCAAUUCAGACCCAGACUUGGCAAAAUCUCAUGAAUGCAAACUUACAGUGUGGAGUCAGCCUUGGAUGAUGGACAGCAUGAAGCUUAUUGAGAAUACCUGCUAAGAGAAAUCACAUCCUAUUCUGUGGUCCUAUGGCAAGAGAUUCAUUAACAAUUCUGCCUUAUUCAUCAACCUGUAUUUGGUGAUGCUAAUAAAAGAUUGAGUUGUGAAAUUA